AAAAUAGGGAUCAAAACAAAGAUAGAUUAAUCUCAAAAUGUGUAGCGUUUCAAUACAAAUGGCAAUUCCUAGGAACCUAGCUAAUCAUCUUCAUCUUCAUAACUCAGACAUCAAGUCUUUAAAAAUGUCUACUAGUAGCAGAAUCAGCACUAGUGCUGAUGCUGCUCGUCUCCGCCGCCUGCGUUGCUCCUCGCAACUCACUGCUGAUCAGCUACCAACACAGCGGCGAUCUGGAAACUACAGCCCUUCCCGUUGGGACGCCGACUACAUCCAAUCGCUCCACAGUGAUUAUAAGGAAGAAAGGCACAUGAGAAGGGCUUCUGAACUAAUAAUGCAAGUGAAGAUGAAACUGAAGAAAGAAACUGAUCCGAUUCGACAGCUCGAGUUGAUCGACGACUUGCAGAGGCUGGGUCUCUCGGACCAUUUCCAGAUUGAAUUCAAAGAAAUCCUAAAUUCUGUAUAUUUGGACAAUAAAUACUAUUACGAGAAGGGCGAGAUGAAAGAAGAAAGGGAUCUCUACUCGACGGCUCUUGCAUUCAGACUCCUCCGAGAACAUGGUUUUCGAGUUGCUCAAGAGGUGUUGGACUGUUUCAAGAACGAGGAGGGUGAGUUCAAGCUGAGCCUCUUCGACGACACCAGAGGAUUGCUGCAGCUCUACGAAGCCUCUUUCUUGUUGACGGAAGGCGAAGACAAGCUCGAGCUAGCUAGAGAAUUUGCUAACAAAAUUUUGCAGGAAAAACUCAAUGAUAAAAUAGAUGAUGACUACCUUUCGACGUGGAUACGGUAUUCUUUGGACAUCCCAAUUCAUUGGAGGAUUCAAAGGGCAAAUGCAAGUGUGUGGAUCGAUGCAUAUAAGAGAAGAAACGACAUAAAUCCGUCGGUGUUGGAGCUUGCCGUGUUGGACCUUAAUAUGGUUCAAGCACAAUACCAAGAAGAACUCAAACAAGACUUGGGGUGGUGGAGAAAUACGAGCAUCGUUGAGAAGCUCCCCUUCGCGAGGGACAGGUUAGUGGAAUGCUACUUUUGGACAACUGGGAUCGUGCAGCCUCGUCAACAUGCGAAUGCGAGGAUAACAGUGGGCAAAGUCAAUGCUCUUAUUACAACCCUAGAUGAUGUUUAUGAUGUCUAUGGCACCUUAGAAGAACUCGAACAAUUCACAGAGGCCAUUCGAAGAUGGGAUAUCAGUUCAAUCGACCAACUGCCAAGCUACAUGCAAUUGUGCUUUCUUGCAUUGGAUAACUUUGUCAACGACACAGCCUACGACGUUCUCAAAGAGCAAGGUUUCAACGUCAUUCCUUAUCUGCGAAAAACGUGGAGGGAUUUGGUGGAGGCAUAUAUGAUAGAGGCAAAAUGGUACCACAAUGGACACAAACCAAAUUUGGAAGAGUAUCUCAACAUCUCAUGGAUGUCAAUCGGAGGCCAUGUUAUUCUAACCCAUGCAUUCUUCCGAGUAACACGAGCUCUCACAAAGGAGGCUUCCGACACUCUCUACGGAUACCACGAUUUAGUUCGUUGGUCAUCAAUCAUCCUGCGACUUGCUGAUGAUUUAGGCACCUCUGUGGAUGAGGUGAGCAGAGGCGACGUGCCGAAAUCAAUCCAGUGCUACAUGAGCGACAACAACGCCUCGGAGGCUGAGGCGCGAGAGCACGUGAAAGGGUUGAUCGCGGAGACGUGGAAGAAGAUGAACUCGGAUAGAGUGGCGAAGGAUUCUCCAUUUUGCCAAGAUUUCAUAGGAUGCGCGGUGGAUUUGGGAAGAAUGGCGCAGUAUAUGUACCACUACGGAGACGGCCAUGGCAUACAACACCCCAUCAUACAUCGCCAGAUGACCGGCUGCUUGUUCCGCCCUUUCGUCUGAUCAACGCUCCAUUUCUCUUCGUGUCGAAAUGGAGAUGCUAUACUUAGAGGGUGUUUGGCUGAGCUUGUAAGCUCUUUAAAAUAUAUUUAUAAUUGACUAGUCGUUUAUUCGAACUUUACUAAUGCAUUCAUGAUCGAA